UGCUCACAUUUGGAGACGUAAUUUCCGGUGUGUGUACGUGCAGUUGCAUGUCACUUCCGGUCUUCAAGGGUAUCUGAGAGCUUCAGAGCAGAAACAUCAUCAACAUGUUCAGGUUCACUAGAGCUGCUGCGAACUUCACCGGUCAGGCCGCAAGGCAGGUGAGGAAUUCAUCCACCACCACCCCGGACUUCCACGCCAAGUACGGUACCGGCCUGAUGGUCGGCGGAGCGGUCUUCUGCACGGCUGUGUGGGCAUACGUGCUGACUCAGACUGGCAUCACCUGGAAUCUGUCACCUGUUGGGAAGGUCAUGCCCAAAGAGUGGAGACAGCCCGAGGAGGAGUGAAGAGCCACCAUGACACACCUGCCUCCCUCCUAAUAAACCUUCUGGUUGUACAGAUGAAUAACAGUGAAUGCCUGUGUUGAUUCCAACAUGUUGCUUUGUCCAAAUAAAUAAAAUCCGAUUCUACUCAU